CACCUGUGUUGUGAAUUAUUAUCACUUGCUUCACGAUCAUCGUCACUGCAGUCAAUCGUGAGACUUCAAACACAACGGAUGAGCCUUUAGUGACAAGAAGUUCUCAGUGUCUUUGGCCAAAUUAUGUGAUUUGUCUCCUCAUCUUAUUGACACUUUCAAUUACUGAGUCUCAAGAUCCGUGAUCUAUCUGCAAUAUUUUUUUUGUGCUAGAAGAAAAAAUAUCUAGUAUCAAUAGAUCCAGGCAACAGGAAUAUUUUUACACCUGUUGAAAAGAAUUUUUGGAGAUUUUUUUUCUUGGCUGUGUGUAUAUUAUUAAGCAAACGCUCUGAAAUAUGAAAAGUGAAAAUUGGUGAUCUUUUGCAUUUCUGUUUCUGGUGAUCGUGAUCAAGAGAAGGUUUCGGUGUCAACCCCAAGAGAAACAAAAAAAACUGUGAAGUGUUUUGAAGACAAAAAUCAAAAUGCCAAUGAAGAUUUUCUUGGUAUUUUGUGGAAUAUUUCUGAGUUUUUCCACCAAUUCUGCCAUAGACUCUCCCACGGAAUCCUCCAGGAAUCUCUACAGCAAUUCCAGUGUCAAUUGGUCCUUUGUGUCCCUAAACAAGAGUUUCUGGGCAGCAAACUUUGCCAAAAACUCAACAUCUCGUCCGUUUGGUGUGGUCUUUGGGGAGAAACAGACAAAAUCCAGGGAGAUCCAUUGGGAUAAGAAUCGCCUGCCAACUGUCGAUGAAGAUGAUCCCGUCAGUAUUCACGAAGAUGGAUUGCUUAAGACUCUGGGUGGUCGAUUCAGUGCUCUUGGAAUGCCCUUCAAUCCUGCUAAAAGUUCAGCCGUCUCCCAAAAAUGCCGCCAACAAACCACCCGAUUCUUCUCAGCCCUCAAGAACUUCGACCUUUGGGCUGUUAGAAUGCUGGAUAGUUCGGCAAAGCUCCCUUCAGGACUUCUCAAUGGGAAUGUCAAUCAGUUGGGAGAUUUUGAUCAGUGCCUGGAUGUUGCAGACUCUGUCGAGAAGAUCAAAGGACAAUAUUGCCUGGCAUCUCUGCAGCCCGAGGUUCCAGAAAAGUUCCACAGGAUGAAGUAUCUUCAUCAACUACUUCAGUCUCACAGUGCUUUUCGCAGUGAAUUCAAUGAUCCUGGGCAUCGAGUCCCUCGAUUCUCUACAAUUAACUGGGCUCUCUGCAUCCCAUCUGCCUGCUCUCACUCGGACAUCGAGCUGUCCCUUCUGGAAUACGCCAAGGAGUUCACAGCUGUCACGAAAAUCGAUCUCAAAGUUCGAGUUGAACGGGAAAUGUGCCAAACUAAGGAGACUCUACCAAAAAUCGACCGUAGCACUUUAAUUGCUGGAGGAGUAUUUCUCACAGUCAUUCUAAUUGCAGCCUUAAUGACCAUCUACGACUUUCGAUCAACGAGUGAAUCUAAGAAUGAGUGGUUCCUCACGUUCUCUUUGAAAAAGAACACUGAGGCACUAUUCAGCUUUUCUAGGGACGCUAAUGACAUCGCCAGCGUCCACGGGAUCAGAUUCUUCAAUGCCUCAAUGCUCAUAAUAGCCCACAAGUCCAUGGCUCUUUUCUUUCAGCCCUAUGUCAAUCGAACUGAAAUGACAGAGUAUCUGGGACAACCUUGGACAGUAAUAGGAAGAGCCGCGAGUCUCUAUACCGAUCCCUUCAUUAUGCUUAGUGGUCUACUGACUACAUAUUCUCUCUACGGACGCCUCCAACGUGGACAGCCUAUCAGAAUCAUUCAAGAGUACACAGGACGAUUUCUGAGGCUAGUACCUACCCUUGGAGCCCUUAUUCUCUUCUGUACUUUUAUCCUGCCACUUCUAGGAAGUGGUCCUCAGUGGAAUCUAGUUGUUACUCAUCAUGCAGAUAUUUGUAAAUCUACUUGGUGGAGGAAUCUGUUAUUCAUCCAUAACUACUUUGGAUUCGAAAAUAUGUGCUUAACCCAUACGCAUCAUGUUGGAAUCGAUACACAGCUCUUCAUUUUGUCACCAUUGAUCGCUAUUGGCCUAUAUAAGUGGCCUAAAAGGACCCUUAUGGUAAUCCUGGCUGUGGCUGGACUCUCAACAGCUGCCAGAUACUACGUCACAGUAACCCGAAGACUCUCCAAUUACAUCUGCUUCGGAACUUCAAUAUCCCAGCUCUUUGACACUGCCAAUUAUAUGUACAUCCUACCGGUCCAUCGAGCAACAGUCUACGCUAUGGGAGUCCUUUUGGGCUACGUCCUCAGACGCUAUCGGCACAUCCGCCUAACCCCUACACAACUCAAAAUUGGCUGGUACAGCAACAUAGCCCUAAUGCUGGUGGCGUUCUUUGGACCAGCCCCUAUGGGUCGUAUCGGGUAUGAGUAUAAUCCCACUCAUGCUGCCCAUUACGCAGCCUUUGCACCAAUUGCUUGGUGCAGCUUCUUCGCAUGGAUCAUCUUUACAUCACACCUGGGGUACGAAUCCCUGCUUAGCCGGGUACUAUCAUGGGAGGGUUUCCUAGUCACAACGCGUCUCUCCUACGCCAUCUAUCUCACGCAGUUUCCAGUAUUUUUCUACAAUGUCGGUCGCACCCGUACCCCCGAUCGCUAUGAAUUUAUUCCCACAACGCUUAAAUUCAACGAAUUCCUCUGGAUCUAUCUCACAUCCAUCGCUCUCACUCUUCUAUUCGACACUCCGUUUGGAAACAUUAAAAAACUGAUGUUCAGAAGAUCUCCGAAACAGAGGCAAAGUGAGAAGGUCAAGGUUGAGGCGAAAACAAAGGAAAUUGUCUACAGCACAAACGUCAUCAAGUCCUUGUUGGACUGAAAGGCACUGUCAUUCUCCAAAAAGUAGGAUUAUCUUGCAAAUUGCGAUAGAAUUUAACAAAUUUUGUACACAUUCACUAAUUGUUCUGUGACUUACUAGAAUAAUAAAUAGACGAGGAAAUGAGA